AUGGCGGUCAGUAUUUGCACAUGUAGACCUCAAAUUCGACAGAUUUCUCGACUUGUAGCGYCUUAUUUUAUCACAAAAAGGACAUUUGUAUCUCGGCGAAAUGCUGAAGCAUUUGAAGAGCAAAGAAAACARGAGGAUAAUGUUUAUUUGUUGAAUAACCGUCCGCCUCCGACACACACGUUGAAAGAAACUCUCGAGGUUUURCGMGCGUAUGCCAUUAGUAAYCUAGAYGAAACMGUUGARCUACAUUUGAAGAUUAAUAUGGGAGAGAAGAAGAAUAAAUUACAAGCAUUUCGUGGUGUUGUGUUGCUGCCCAAACCAUACGGACUGCUGAAAACUGUCUUGGUGUUUGCUGAGGGUGAAUUAGCARAGGCUGCCAAGAACGCUGGUGCUGAUAUAGUUGGUGGACAAGAAUUAUUUGAACAAGUUAAAGAGGGAUCUCUAAAAUUUGACCAAUGUAUCUCUACAAUGGAUAUGCUUGAUAGUGUAAAAUCCCUUCAAAGAAUACUCAGACAGAAGAUGCCGACAACRAGAAGAGGUACUGCUACAGAUGACAUUGUCCCAGCAAUAAAGACAUACAAACAAGCUCAUCCAUACAGAUGUGAUAAAUAUGGUUUUAUAAAUGUUGGYAUYGCAAAGCUUAGCUUUGAUGACCAGGAUAUAAAAAACAAUGCAUCAGCUGUAAUACAAGCAGUACAUAGUCACAAAACAACUAGCAAAGGAAAAUUMAUAACAAAACUCAUGAUGUCAUCCACACAUGGACCUGGCGUAAAUCUUCAUCUCAAAGAACUUGUUCCAUGAAACACUGGUAUACUUCAGUCAUUAUCAUAAUGGGCUUCCUGUGUAUAGAUUCAACACAGGGAGCCCAUGUGCCUUUACUAUACUUGCAUGUAUGAUAUUAUUGGACAACAGGAUUUCUAGUAACUCAGAACAUGUAGGAAUAUUUUUAGUUGUUUUAUUAAAACUUCGGAAAAUAUACUACUAUGAAAUUGCUUAAUCAUUGAUUGGCUUCAGAAGACAAAUGUCAACAGGAAAAUGAAAUAAGUUUGAAACAUAAAAAAAUAAUAUUUUUACCAGGCACAGAAUAGGAUUGAACUUUUGUUAAGUUGUCAACAGAAACACUUGAUGCUCUUAAUAUUUAAAAUUAAAAUCUACUAUACGAUUGUU